UGAAGAUGAAAGUUGAACUAGUGGAUAAGCAGGAAGAAAGUUUUGAUCUUCUUGAGGCUCCGCCUAUUUUAGAAGAUCAAUUUGAGGAGGUGUUGGAACUGUUAUCAGAACCAACCGUUGACAUUAGUGCUCUUUCGUUGGAUACCCAACAACUUCUGACAAUACCUCAAAUCAGUGUCGUCAACGCUCGAACUAAGUUGUACGUUUCAAAUAUUGUCUCCACUGAGAAAGAUUUGCAAGCACAAGCAUCUGAUAUUUUCUUUCAAUUGAAAACAAUCCUCUCAAAGCAUGAGUUAACAUUGAAUGACGUUCAACUGAUAACAUUAUUAUUGUCGGAUAUGUCAAAAUUUGGGGAAAUUAAUAAAAUAUAUGGGGAAAGCUUCAUCGGUAUCUAUCUUCCACCUUCUAGAAUUUGCAUAGAAACUACAAUAUCAAGUGAUGUACAAUUGUCGUGUGUUGCAUUGAAGAAAAUAGAACCAAAGACUGGGAUUCAUAUUCGCUCCAGAUCAUAUUGGGGACCACAGAAUAUAGGACCUUAUUCUCAAAGCAUCGUGGAUAACCAAGAGCAUUACAAAUUGGCAAGUUUGUCGGGGCAAAUACCGUUGAUUCCUUCCUCGAUGGAGUUAUCUUCCAAAGGUAUAAAAUUCAAUUCAGCCUUGUCAUUACAGCAUUUAUUUCGAGUCAAGAACUUGGUUAAUGUUAAGAAUCUUGCCCUGGUUAUAUGUUUUGUUACUGAUAAACGAAAUGUUCCUGAUGCUAGCUCGUCCUGGAACGAGUUUAUUGAUUCGGUUGAACAAGCGCCAGCAAAUAAGAAGGGUUUGGUUAUAGUACAAGUUAGUGCAUUACCAAGAGGAGCAGAUGUCGAAUGGGGUGGCUACAGUUAUGAAAACGUUGUUGGGAUGUAUGAUGACUCCGACGAUGAAGAUAAUGAAGAAUCUCCAUAUGAUUCUCUCUUUGAUGAAUUUGAACAUCACAGUGUUUGUGCUAUUGGAAAGAAUAAUGUCUUAGUUGCCACUCUCUUCACUUCAGAUAUCAAUUUGGUGGAAAAAGCUAUUGAUAUAAACAAUGGUAAGAAUUUCAUCCAGGUGUUGUCUUCAAAGUUGGAGAAACCAAAUUGUGAGUUCAUCCCAGUUAAGAGCGUCUUCAAUAAUGAAGGUCAGCAGUUUGCAUAUGGUAUUAUAUGGAAGAUUGAAAAAUAAUUGAUAUUACUACAUAUAUUAUACAUCAUGACUCCUGAUGACUAUUAGGUUCCGAUAUCACUUCCGUCAUUCUGCGGUCCAUUAUAAAUUAAUUCUUGUGGAACAUUUAUUCCCUUCAUUCGACAAAGCUCUACCAACUUGACAUUUUCCUCUCGUAACUCGUCUAUGUAGUCAGCACUCUUGGUCAAUAUGUUCAACUCGGACCUAUUCUCCAGUUCUGUCAAUGUAGGAGUAAGUGACACUAUUUUGUCGAAUUCAGACCGGAUGUUCUCUCUUCUCUUUUGUUCAGAUGCUAUAUGGUGUGCCUUUUUUUGCUCUUCGGAUAACACCGAGGAUUUGCUAGUUUUUGCUUUCUUCCCGUUCUUCCUGGAGGGGGAUGGUGAUUCUGAGCUAUUCUCUGACAUUGUCUAUGGUUUGAAGAAAGAAAGUGUGAUGUGGUAAAACUUGAAUGAUUUUUGAAUUGUCAUAUG